UCCAGUGGAGGUAUUGUCGGAAAAAAACAAAGAAGCCAUGGAGAAGACGGGCGGCACGCGGAGGGUCGUUGUUGCUAUAGACGACAGCGUUUACUCGAAUCUCACAAUGAACUGGUACGCGAAAAACGUGUGGCGGCCGGGGGACGAGGUGCUGCUGGCUUGGAACGUAGAGCCCCACCCGGCAACUUUCGGCACUGUGAACUUGAUGACUGGCGACCCUGACGUGAUCUCCAAGAUACUUUCAGAGCAGAGCGUCCAUAUUGAGCAGACGAUUGAAAAGUUCCAGCAGAAACUAAUCGACGCUAAGGUGGAAGGACGUGUCAUUCAGCUGCACGAAGCCAAGGCGGGCCCGGCCAUCGUGCACGCGGCCGAAAGCGAGAACGCGGGAAUGAUUGUGUGCGGAAGUCGUGGCCUGAGCACGCUGCGGCGCACGUUCAUGGGCAGCGUGAGCGACUACAUCCUCCACCAUGCACACGUGCCCGUCCUCGUCUGUAAGUUCGAUCCCCUGCAGACGCACUGAUGCUGUGCGGGUUGGCUUAUAGUGACGGAAUACGUCUCGUGUUAUCCGAUCUGUAAAUUACAGACGACAGUGUAGACCUGUCCCUGACAUUGUGCAUGUUUAAUUAUUUUUUAUCAUGCAUAAUUCGUUAAAAUCAUUUUUUGCGAAUGUCAUUGUUUUUACACGUGUAUAGAUGAGAUACAAAUACAGUUGAUUGAUUUAUA